AUGUCUAACACCACCACAAAGAGGCUCACAUUUAACCAGGUGUUCUCUAAUCAACACAAGCUGGAAUCAGAGAGAUUACUGCAGCGAGUCGACAAAUACCACCAGCAUCAUAAUAUUUACUUUUCACGAUCAAAUAACCCGCAUCUUGUCGACUUGCUUACGGGAAAGCAUCAUCGGAAACGUCAAAAGUAUACGAGCACCAUUUUUUGCUACGACUAUCAAUGCAUCGAAGCCAUCCAGAAACGAUUAAAAGAGGCGCCUGAUGCAGCAUGUACAAUGUUACUCGGUGCUAGCUUAUUAGUAGAUGUAUCGAUCUUCAGCGCCAUUGAUGAGCCCGUAACAUUAUUUGUAUUGUUAGAUGCAGAUAGCUACGUUCAACGAUCAUGUACUGUCAACAUGUCUUGGUGCAGACGAAUGUGGAGUCUUGCAUCCAGAGCACAUAUGAUAUCAGUAACAAGUGUUUACUACUCUGUUUUGGGUGGAGCCUACUGUUCGUUGGGGAAGAGCAACUCCAAAUACGCUUACAAGGCUGGUGCUUUGGCCAUUGAGCAGAUCAAGCUGGCUAAAAAGCUAAAGGAUCCCAUAUUGGAGUGUAAAUGCUGGCUUUAUUUUGCAGAAGAUGUGAUACAGUUGGGCGAGGUUGAGAAGGCAGAGACAAUCAUAACACGGCAGAAAGGGUUUGUGGAGCAGAAUGGAGAUGCAGUGUUGAAAAGUAUGCUGGAAGCUGUGGAGGGUAAACUAGACGUUGCCAUUAAUCAUACCAAAGUUUCUCCACGACAAUGCCACCAAUAUACGUUGUAA